CCGGGCGAGAGCCCGGCCAGCGCGGCGCUCAUGUUCGCGGCCGGCGUGCUGGGCAACCUUACGGCGCUGGGGCUGCUGCUUCGGGCGCGGGCUCGCCGUCGGGCUCGCCGGGAGCGCCUGGCGCCCUUCCACGUGCUGGUGAUGGCGCUGGUGCUGACGGACCUGCUGGGCACGUGCCUGCUGAGCCCGGUAGUGCUGGCGGCCUACGGGCGCCGGCGGACGCUGCGCGGGUUGUCCGACGGCGGCGGAGUGUGCCUCUACUUCGCCUUCGCCAUGAGCUUCUUCAGCCUGGCCACUAUGGGAUGCUUGGGCGCCAUGGCGCUGGAGCGCAGCCUGGCCAUCGGCGCGCCCUACCUGUACGAGCGCCUGCUGAGCGCCCGCCCCGUCGCGCCGCUCCUGCUGGCCGCCCUGCCGGCCCUCUACGCGCUGGCCGCCGCCUUCUGCGCCCUGCCGCUGCUCGGCUUCGGCCGCUACGUCCAGUACUGCCCGGGCACCUGGUGCUUCAUCCAGAUGCACUUCCCGCGGACCGGCGGCGCGGCUGAGCUGUCGUCGGGGGGCGCCUUCUCGCUCCUCUACGCCUCGCUGUUGCUGCUGCUCAUCCUGGCCGUGCUGCUCUGCAACCUCAGCGUCAUCGUCAACCUGCUCCGCAUGCAGCGGAGGGGAAAACCCACCCGACGGGCGACCGCAGCUGCCGCCGCCGCCACUUCGUCGUCGUCCUCCUCUUCCUCCCAGCUCCGCCAGACCGAGUCCUCCGACGGCCAGGCGCCCAGCCCCAGGUGCGCGGCCAGGAAGCAGCUGUCCAUGUUCGAGGAGCUGGACCACCUCAUCCUCCUCGCCAUCAUCACCAUCACUUUCGCUGUGUGCUCUCUGCCUUUCACGGUCCGUGCCUUUAUGAACCAUUUUGACCCGAGCGUAGAUUACAAGGAGGACCUUCAGGCAAUGAGGUUCCUGUCCUUCAAUUCCAUCAUUGACCCCUGGGUGUUUGCCAUCCUCCGGCCCCCCAUCCUGAGGGUGAUACGCUCUGUGCUCUGCUGCCGGAUGCCCCUAAAACCACAAACUACGGACAGGAAGAGGCCUCCCUUUGCCAAACCAAAGCCCAUCGAACAGGCUGACAUUUGCAGGCAGUGAAUGGGUCUCCUGCUUUUGGAGAAGAAGUUUGAAAGUCCAUCUCUGGACAGUUCCUCAGGGUAGUUCCAGGAGAAUGACUGGAAUUUUCCAUUCCCAUGUUGGCAUGCCCGCCGGACAUCGAAGUGUGCUCUGUCCUGCAUUUCCCUAGGGUGAUUGUCCGAAAUGACUCCAUCCUAGAACUGUAGAGUUUGAAGGGACUCUUAGGAAUCCUAGUCUAGUCCGAUGUUCUGCCAAGCGGGAAUCACAGCUAAAGACUUCCUGACACAGGUAGGCAUCCUUGCUGGUCUGCCGUAGUCGAAACAAAAUAAAAAAAAUGGACACAAAUCUGACAUCAGGAAUCACAAGACAGAGAAGCCAGUAGAAGAACAUUUCAAUCUCCCAGGACAUUCAAGACAAGAUCUCAAAGUAGCUGUAAUAUUACAGAAGAAUUUCAGAAAUAGACUGGAAAGAGAAGUUGCUGAAUUACAACUUAUUACCAAACUUAAAACCAUGGAGAGACCCAGUCUGAACAGAGACAUUGGAUUCUUAUCUCAUUAUACAUGAUAAAGCUAUUUUUAGCUAUCUCACCCCCUUGCUUUUUCCUGUAAGACCAAUUGCCGUCGUUAACAGUCAUCAACGGGUUUCCACACCUAUCGGCCAAUCACCCAUUCCCACCACCCUUUUGAGUAAUACCCCUCCCCACCCUCUGACUAUACAUAAGGGUCUGGUGACUUCUGUUUCAGUGUAUCUGAAGAAGUGUGCAUGCACACGAAAGCUCAUACCUAUGACAAACUUGGUUGGUCUCUAAGGUGCUACUGGAAGGAAUUUUUUUCUUUUGUUUCGACUUCCUGACAGAUGGCCAUCUAUCCUAACUGUUCACCAGGAAAUACUCGGGUGGCAACAUUGGAGACAGAUCAGAUUGGAGACAACAUCGGAUCAUUGUUCCAUCUGGCUCAUUAAUGUCUAUGCUUCCUGGAAUCUUCUCUUCCGGAUUUCAGGCAGGGGUCUUUUCCAGCCUCACCUGGAGAUGCCUAGGAUUGAAUUUGGGGCAUUUUGCAUGCAAAGCAGGUGAUCUUAGGCUUAGAUGGGUCAACCUUACGUUGCACUGAGAGAGAGGGAGAAUUAUCUCCCCGAGGAACCAUUAUUUGUUUGCAAAACACUCUGUAGCCAAAGGUGUCGUCUUGGCGUGUUUUUUCUCUCCGACGAAGCCAAUGCAAAGAACAUGAUGCACACUUUAUCAAUGGCUGUUGAAUGCAAUUGGAUAUAUUAUCUUUGAAGCCCACUGUGUCAAGGGGUUUUCUCCCUCCUGUUUGCUUUGACUUCAGAUGCUAUACAUCAGUAGAACUGUAUUUGGUCAUUGGUCAAUGUGGUAAAAUCCGUAUUAGCUUGCGUUAUCUUAUAUGAACCAUUAGUUUUGUCGUCUGCGCACUGAAAUCAACACCUUCAAAUCCAGAAGGAAGAUGCUCUUACCUGAAGCAGGUAGAGGCAUAAUUUACUAGUGCAAACUAUGCACAAAAUGGCCAGUAAGUGUGCAAAGCAGAGAGGAGGCAGAAUGUGGAGACGUUCGCUUCUGAGAGGCUGGGUCUCUAAAUAGCAGAAGAACAAUAAUAGCUCGGCUGGGUCAGGCCCCUGGCCAUCUGGUCCAGUAUAUGGUCCUCACAGUGACCACCCAAAUGCAUGUGAGGCACUCAAAAGCAGGAUCCAAGCUCAAGAGCCCUCUCUCCUCCUGCGGUUUCCAGCAGCUGAGAUCCAGAAGCACCGUGGAGGCAGGGCAUAGCUAGUAGCUGCUGAUAGCCCUCUCCUCCAAGAAUUUUAUUUAUUUUUACUAUUAUUUAUUAAAUUUGUAUGCUGCCCUUCAUCCACAUAUCUCGGGGCAGUUCACAGCAUAGAACUACAAGAUAAAAACACAAAAUACAUUCAGCCUCAUUGGACGUCCUUAAGUUCUAGUGUAAUGAGAUAGGGAAGUUUUCUCGGUCUAAUUUCUCCUUGCCAUGCAUCAUUUUGUAAACGUCUUUCAUGUCACCUAUCACUCACCUUUUCGCUCAGUUGAGAGUCCCAACUGCUGCAACCUUUCUUCAUAAGGGGGACAGUUUCUGUUUAUUACGCAUGAUAGCAAAUGGAGCCUCCAUGUGCAUGGGCAGUUUAUCUUUGAAUACAAGAUGUGGAGACAAACAACGUCGGUGUUCGUAGGGCUUACGAUGCUAAGCCAAGGAAGUUCACAGCAGCCCCAUCUUACCCUGGUUAGCAUUCAACACUAAACCAUGGCCUAUUCAACCAUGGCUUAUUAAACCAUGUCUUAAUACAGGUUUGGGGAACCUUUGGCCUUCCAGAUGCUGCUGAACUACAACUCCCAUCAGCCCCAGCAUGCCAGGGGUGAUGGGAGCUGUUGUUCUGGAAGGCCAAAUGUUCCUCACACCUGGUUUAGUGGUUUAAUAAACUUUACAGGUGGUGUUAUCUGCCCAGCAACUUAACUAUGGUUUGUUUAUUGCCAACAAACUCUGCUCUGAAGCCAUGGUUUGUCGUUGGCUGUCAGACAACUUGUUUUAGCUUGCUGCUUAUUGAACUAACUGUGGUUUAAGCAAACCAUGGUUUAGUGUUACGUGUAAAUCAGGACAUUAUUCAGGAGGGCGCCCAACAGGCUGCUGAAAUGCAGAUGGGCGGAAUCACAGAAUUAUAGGGGUGGAAGGGACACAAAGGGCCAUCUAGUCUAACCCCUGGCAAUGCUCAUGCUGUGAGGGGAUGAGAACUUUUCAGUUCAUUAACCUCCUUGAGAAUCGAAGCUGUUGUUUUAACAUGAUACUGCAUAUUGUUUUUAUAACCUGUAUUGCUGUAACACCACUCUGGGGACUUUUAACGGCAAAGGGGAGUGUAAGAAACCUUAUCAUUGAAAUAAAUUUGAAAGGAUGCCACGGUUUGUUCCUUUUGAGAUUCUGUUUCAGAAAUAUUUAAGUAAGAGGUGCAAAAUAAUAACUUUGUUUCCUCUUUGGUCUUUUGUGUUUUUGCUCUUCCUCGUGUCCCCUCCAUAUUUCUCUGCUCCUCCCUGUGGCUUUUCGGAAGAUAAAAAUAGUGCUGCCCUGAGAUCUAAAAAACUUUUCUUCCUCUGAGAAAGGGGCCGCCUGCCUCACUCGCAUGGCAACUUGAGAAUUCAUUUGGGGGUCUGGAGUUUACUCCUCGAAGAAAUAUUUCCCCCCUGGGCGAAUUGGGAGG